UUUGUCAAUACUUUGGAGAAGUCAUUGAUUUCCAAGACAAAGAUCUAGUGAAAGUCGCAUAUUGUGACAAAAUGUGCGACGUGAGUAUGAGAUAUAGAUGCAUUCUGACGUACAGAUGUUUGAGAUGUUUGACGUGAUCAUCUGAAGAGUGGAUAUGUUCACAAGUCCCCAGGCUCCAGCAUGAGGCACGAUCGUUGGAGAGCGGUGACGAGGAAGACCAUACCAAAUUUCCUGGUGAUCGGAGGUUUACUGACGUCCAUAAGUCGAAUAUCGGUACUGUUCUUCCACCAUCGCAUUCCGCAUCCUUCCGACUCCCUCAAACCCGUCCACGACUGUCGUUACCGGAAUCAAAAGCAACUACGGUUAGGCCAAAGCGGUCGUCCCUUGGGUCUUAUGACAAAAUGGAUGAGGGUCCGGUCCUUCGGCGAGGGCUCAUCAAUUUGGCUCAACCUGGACAGGACAACUACGACUUAGUGGAUCUAAGCAUUACACGAGUCAAGCGCACUUCCUCUGUAGAUGAGGCUGUUGAUGGCGAGGAUGAGGCUUAUGCAGCUAAGCGCCCCAAGACAUUUGGAGGUAAAAAGCCAAUCCGCAGGGCGUCUUCUAUGGCACCGUUUAAGGUGCCUUGGAAGGUACCCCCGGCAGCAUGGUCAGACAACACGAGUGCAGGUCCAAGUGUUCGGCCCAAUGAGCCAAAAGAAGCUAGCAGUGGCCCUGCUCCGAUGGUUGGUGCCACGACAGACGAUCUUGGUCUUGAUCUCCACGAGAAACCCCACUCUAAUCUGAGCCAGCCAGACCCCCACGUUGAUCAGGACGAAGGCCUCAUUCAACUCACCAACGAACAAAAAUUGGCUUUGGUUGAGGAUUUGGAGAUCGAUGUCGCUUUUUCUGAGAAAAUCCCUAUAACUGCAAGGGAGGAUGGAUUGGAGACCAUACUUUCUGCCUUGCGUCAUUCAUUACUGGAAAGGCGGGAUGCCGCUGAACAGGUCUGGGAAGAUGUGCAACGGGGAGGACGGUCACUUGACGGGCUGAAACGCGCUCAUGUGGUGCGCAAGUGUGCGAUACGACUGGAGUUCAAUGCUAUGUCGUACGCAGCGAACACUGAAGGAUAUGUGGACAAAGUGGGUGCACGCUCCAGGGCGGCCUUUGGUCUUGGUUUGGGCCACCGGAAGACAAAGGAGAUAGAGGAAUGCUUAGAUUGUUUGAAGGGUGCCGUUGGCAAAACUAGAUGAAU